AUGCCUCAUCAGCACACUUCUCCUGAAUCGCCUAUUGGCAAGAAUGUAACUGCUACCAUAGCCUACCAUAGCGGGCCGGCUCUUCCAACCUCCCCCAUCGCUGGUGUCACUACGCUCGAAGACUGCACUCAGCAGGUCGUAGCAGUUACGGAUAUCCGCCCUGCAGUCUCUUCUUUCACCCUGGAUGGUAAUGGCUUCCAGGUGGUCAAGCAUGUAUCAGCCGUCAGUUCUCCGCCGUAUGAUCACUCGUCGUGGACAGACCCAGUCAUUCGCAGCGAAGUGUAUGACCCCGAGAUCAUUGAACUGGCAAAGUCUAUCACUGGAGCAAAGAAAGUCAUGAUCCUGCUUGCUUCAUCUCGGAACGUUCCGUUCAAGGAGCCAGAGCUCGCCCCUCCCUACCCAAUGCCUUCAAAGUCGAGCAGUGGCCUCGAUGCGGGGAAGACUGGCCCAGCUGUUCAAGCUCAGCAUGAGCUCCCUACAACAAGGGCCAAAGGCUUUCAAAAGGGCGAAGAGGAAGGCCCAGUUCGAAAGCCUCAUAAGGACUGGGGUCCAUCCGGCGCGUGGAACACUCUUCGAAACUGGAGCCAUGAGCUCAUCGACGAGGCCUCCGAUAUCAUCAAGGCAGGCGAUGAGGCUGCUGAGCUGCCAGGUGGUAGAGCAAAGAACUACCAAGGCAGACGAUGGGCCCUUUAUACUACCUGGCGUCCACUGAAGCCUGUCAAGCGGGAUCCAAUGGCCUAUGUUGACUACUGGACAGCUGAUGAGGAAGACGGCGUGAGCUUCUGGCGAAACCCGCCGGGGGUAAAUGGAACAUUUGAGUCGGAUGUACUGCUGACCAAGGCCAAUCCGAAGCACAAGUGGUAUUGGAUCAGUGACCAGACUCCAGAAGAGGUUCUUCUUAUGAAAAUAAUGGAUACUGAGAGUGAGAAGGACGGGAGUGACAUAGCGGGAGGGGUUCAUCACUGUUCGUUUCAUCUGCCGGGAACUGAGAAGGAAGAAGUUAGGGAGAGUAUUGAGACCAAGUUUAUUGCAUUCUGGUAG